AGCUUUGCAGAUAAGAGGUGAAAUGUCUUCAAGAACCAAAGAUUAAUCCAAGUUGACUUCGGGUUAAUCUGCCAUGGCUACAAUGACGUUAUAGACGUAUAAUCUUUCAGGAUAUGCUUCAAGUUUUCUUGAUGAUUUUGGCCAGAUGUCAACCUUCUUCUUCUCUUGUUCUCAUGAUAGGUGCAGCAUGAGAGUCACUGGCCAUUAAUCUCCUCCACCUUACCCAAGAUUAAAACAGAUUUACUGGGACCCAGAGGCAGGCCUGAGAUCCUGGACUAAUCACUCCUUCUUUAACCCAAUCCCUCUCGGAGAGGUGAGGGAACAGGUUGAGAAGAGGGAUGUACCAUGAGGCUGGACCUGAUUAGGUGUAAAAUCCGGAUUCUGAGAUUUAAAUCUGCCUUGGAGCGGAAAGAAGAACUCAUCAGGAAGACGGAUAUGGGAGGAGCCUCGAGGCAACAUGAAACACAGCUAGACAGGCGGCUGGUGCUGUAAUACUCUCAAGAAACAAAGAUCUUAAAUUUAAAUCUGAUAACCUGCUUUGUUCGCCUGGUAAAUCCCAAGUUUCUGUAACAGACACUACAGCUGGGAUCCUCCAGCUUCGAUAAGGACGCAACAGCUGGAGCUCCUCAUGCAAGUUCCAGUCGGCACAUCUGCCGCAACUUGAUUAAAACCCAGCACUUUCUUUCCCUCUCUGUCCUCUGACCUCUCAUCAGAUAUCUUUCCUCAGACCCUGCCCUCCUUCCAACUCUUCACCACUGCUCAUCUUCCUCACUGACCUUUGUUUCUCUUCUGAAACAUCCUUAAUCUCCUUAUUUUCUCCUCUUCUGCUCCUCCAUGAGUCACUCUCAAACUUCCAAUCAGCCUUCCUGCUUCUUACUUUUCACAAAGUUGUCCUAAUCUUGUUAUUGAGGAUGCUUCAGCCUGCUGACCUUCAUCCCAAUAGGUCACCAAAGCUGGUUGCCAUUUUAGGGACAUCAAGGUAAAAUCGUCCCACCGCCUGCCACAUUUCUCCACUGGCUUCAUUCCGGUUGAGCAGUAACGAUGCUGGAGAAAAUGUCCAGACGUAACCGGACCCUGCUGUCCCUGGGUCUCACCUCUCUGGCCCUGACGAUGUCCGUGUCAGCCUUCUGCAGUUCCUACUGGUGUGUAGGAACACACAAAGUAGUGAAGCCAGUCUGCCUGUCACCGGUCAAGAUGAAGAACUGUGGAAAGAACAACAGCCAGCCGUACACAACAGAGGCUCCCACCCAGGACCCCAAGAACCCGGUGUCCAAUGUGACGCUGUCUCCACAGCAGAAGGAGGAACUGGCCCAGAUAAGGAAAAAGCAGUUGGCCAAUGCCGUGCAGUAUCUCUGGGAAACGGGCGAGGACAAGUACAUGCUGAGAUAUUUUCACACGGGUUUCUGGCUUUCCUGUGAAAAACACAACGAAGGAGAUGAUCAGGAAGAAAAGUGCCGCAGCUUCAUUGAACUCACCCCAGGAGAGACACAAGGUGUGCUGUGGCUGUCUGUUAUCAGUGAGUUCAUGUACAUCGGCCUUCUGGCGAUGGGUUUCCUCCUGAUGUGUGUCGAAGCGAUGUGCCUCUGUGCCAAGAAGGAGAUGAGCUCCCUGAAGAUCAACGCCUUCGCUGCAAUGUGCACCGUCCUUUCAGGUAUGAUGGGGAUGGUAGCCCAUAUGAUGUACACCACAGUGUUUCAGAUGACAGUGAGCAUCGGACCAAAAGACUGGAGGCCGCAGUCUUGGGACUAUGGAUGGUCUUUUGCGUUAGCGUGGCUUUCCUUCAGCUGUUGCAUGGCAGCUGCUGUGGCAACACUCAACUCAUACACUAAGACCAUCAUUGAGAUGAAGCACAGAGCCAGGUUGAGGCUGGAGGAGGCCCGAGCUGCUACCAUCGCCCCUUCCUAUGAGGAGGUUGUUCAAGCCGGAGGCGGAGGGCUUUACUCAGUCAGUCAGCUGAUUCAUCUCGGCCAGCAGGGGGCCCUCAUGGAUCCACUGUGGCCAAGAGGAGAGGGACCGGCAGUUGGACCUUUGGCAUGCAGUGCUGGUGGGGCCCUGCUGGUUGGAGGUGGAGUCGGGGGCAUCGGGAUGGGAAUGGGAGGAGUUGUAGCUGGAGGAAGCACAGCUAUUGGAGGAGCAGGUGGGAUCGGUGUUGGAGGAAGUGGAGUUGGGAUGGGAAUGGGAAGCACUGGUGGGACAAUGGGGGCAAUGGGAGGAGGUGGAAUGGGAACAGGAAGAAUGGUGGACGCUCACGGAGUCGUAGUUGUGGAGGGAUGCGCCACAGAAGGAUGUGAGGAGUGUGAGCGAGAGCUGGAUGAGAUAGAUUACACUCUGCAGGAGGAAAGAGAGGACUCCAUCUGCUAAAACUUACAGGACUAAGGACUGGUGAACAACACAACACAUGAACAACACAACACAAGACUUGAAGAAUCACCUGUAUUAGGUUUUUUUGUACAUAAACUGUCUUCAAGUUUUUAGAUGUUAGGUGUGUCAGUUUCAUUAUCUCUAGACUAAGAUUUCCAAACUUAAAUGGCAUGACUAAACUUUUUUUUUUUUAUCAUGUUUUGUCAUGCCUCAGAAGUUUGCAAUUACAGUUUGGAUUUAUUCAUAUUGCAGUCACAUAAUAAAUAUCCCUCAAGUCUUCUUCCUGAAGAGCUGGUGAGUAUUGUCACAGUAAACCGAUAACAUAGAUAUCUUCAAAGUGGUAUAAAAAAAGACGCAAAGAAAAUGUCAUUUGGAGUGA